AUGCCAUCAUCAAUAGCUCCAUCUACAAUAUCUUCAACAUUUCAAACCAACUCCAAUUUUACAAAUAGUAUGAUAGACAAUACAUCAACCAGCAUAUAUCCUGAUUCAGCAGAUGGUACUUUAGUUAUAAUGAUAGUGCGAGCCAAACAUUUACCUAAUAGAAGGAAAUUAGAUAAACAAUCACCGUAUGUUGUAAUAAGGCUUGGUACAACUGCUAAAAAGACAAAAUCAGAUUUUAGAGCAGGACAAACUCCAGAAUGGACUCAUGAAAUUAGAUUUGAUUUAACUAGAGAUAGAAAACCUAUACUAAAAGUGGAUUUAUUAGAUGAGACCAAAAAUGAUCCGACACCCAUUGGGAGUUGUGAAAUUGACGCAUCAGUUGUUUUCACUCAACCAUCAAAUGAACAGAAGGGGAAAUAUAUUUAUGAUAAAUGGUAUGAUUUAACUUAUAAUGAGAAAAGAGCUGGAAUGCUAUAUUUAGAAAUGACAUUUUACCCAAGUGCACCGGUUUUACCCCCCAAAAUUCAUCCCAAUGAAGAGUUUGAAUAUACAACUAGUCACUCAUAUGAAGAUUACCAUUCACAAUUAUCCUCGUCACCAUCCAAAAUAGAUCAUAAUGCAAUUCAAGAUGUUUUUGUAUCACUGGGUAAUUCAAAUUCAAGUAAAAAAUCUUCAAUUUUUCUGAAAACCAGUCAAUAUUUUACAAAUUCAAUGGAAUCAAAUAGUAAUUCAAGUCAUGAACCUUCCUCAAAUGAAGUAUUUGUACAAAUACCAAAUAGAGAUAAUCUGAAAAGCCCCAAUAAAUAUAAAGCAAAAUUUUCAAUUUCAAAAUUCAAAGAUAAAUUCCAAUCUAAACAACCUAUUUGGGGAAACAAUUUUAAAAAUGAUAUUUCAAAUGGUUAUAAAAGAGAUAUAUCACCAAUAAGUGCAUAUGGUUCAAAUGACAUAGAUGAUUUAGAGCAAGAAAUUUCAAGAAGUCAAAUUGGAUAUGGGAAAACUAAUGAUAAUGAAGACGACGAGGAUAUACGAUUUGUCUCUCCACCAACUCCACCACAACAUCAAUCUCCAACUCAUUCACAAACCCAUUUAUCACCACCUUCAAAAUCAGUACCACAAAAUCAUCAAAAACCAUUACCUUCACCACCAAGAAGAAAACCACCAACAUCCUCCAUAUCAAUGUCUAAAAUUGAUUUUAAAAAUAGCACAGCAAUUCCAUUUUCAGCAGAUUCAAUAGGUGUAGAUGAUGAAGAUGAUUUUCAAAACAGUCAUUUACCCACCAAAGUAUAUCUUCUAGACGAACCGGUAAAGUCAUUAACUUACAAUGCCAAAAAUGGAUCAAGAAGUCCUGAAAUAAAAACCAAGAAAGAAAAUGAUGAAAUUGAUCCACAAUAUUAUGCACCAACACCAAGUGAACACUUUAAUAGAAAAAUGAGAUUUGAAAACGGUGGUAUAACAAAAGAUGAUUUAAAAAUUGAUAUGAGAACUAAUAAAACAGGAUAUAUUGGUAAUGGUAAAUUUAGUCCAAGUGUUUUCCAAAAAGCAUCUACUACCAAUCCCAUGGUUAGAGGUAGAUCAUUCAAUAUUUAUGAUGACAGUGAUGAUGAAGAUGAAAAUGCUAAACCUGCUGUACCACCAAAGAUCCCAAAUGGAUUAAAUGCAAUGGAAUAUUUUAUACUAGAAAAAGAUAAAGUAAUGAAAGACUUUCAAGGUAGAAGAGCAUGA